AUGGCGGCGUCCGGACGCCGUCAUCCCGUCCAAAACUUUACAGGUAUAAGAACAAUACGAGCAUAUUUGGAAAACAAAGUGAAAACUGACGGUGUUGGCGAUUAUAUUGAAAGAUUUGGGGGUUCACAAGAUCAAAAAGAUAAAUUCAAAGCUGAUCCAGCUAAUAAUGUUGUUAUGACCGAUAUUAGUGACCAAUUUUGUCUCAAUGUUGCUUAUCAAUGGUUGGAUAUACUAAUUGUUGCUCUUGAUUUUUAUUAUUGGGUAGUUUCGCAAGGUUGUCUUAAUUCAAUGUUAUUUCAAGCUAAAAAAUGUGGCUUAGUCCAUUCAUUAAGAUAUUUCAUUGAUAAAGUAGCUAUGAGUACAACGGAUACAAUUGCAACAUAUUUCACAAUUCAAGACUGUAACAGAAUACGUCAACUGAUAUUAGAAAAUUUGACGAACGAAAUAACGAUGGUUACAAAAUUUGAAAUGAUUUCAAAUGAAUUGUAUUAUGAAUUAUUUGAAUAUUUGACAUGCUUUGAAAUAUAUACAAUAUUUAAUAACCUCAAUAGUCGGUACAGUAGUUUAAUUCGUAGUUAUCAUUUAAAAAUGUAUGUGAAUUUAACAAAAAUAUCAAAAACACAGUUUGAUUAUUAUUGUUCGCAAAUAAUUGGAAAUGUGUGUUUCCAGUUAAAAGUCUUUAUAUUAACAAAUAGAGUAACUGUUAAACAAAUAACUUUGUUCAGUGAACUAUUUGAUAUUAGUAAACAGUUUGUUAAUCUAUCAACAUUAUCAUUAUAUGAUAUAACACCCAUUGAAUUAAUCGAUUUAAUACCAGAAAUAUUAAAAUUAAAAUUCUUAACAAGUUUAUUCAUUUUUCCAAAGACAUAUCCGCUGAGCAGCAAUCUGAAAUAUAAACAAGACAAAUUAAAGAGAUUAAUCCAAAAUAUUGAAUAUUGGAAACGUUUAUUUGUUAAAUUAUCAGAUGUAAUUGAUAAAUAUGAAAGAAAAGGUGAAGAUAUCGAUCAACAAAUACAUUUUGUAAAUCAAUUAAUGGCAUUUAAAAAUUUAAUUGAAGAAAAUGUUAAAAAGUCAACACAAAAUCACAACGUUGUUUUAAUUAUCGAUGAUUAUUUAUCAGCAAUAAGAGAAGAUUAUAAAAUACUUCGAAAUUAUGUUCAAACUUUAGAAGAUAUUAAUGUUAAAAUCGAAAGAAAAAUUUCAAAACAAAAGGAUAAAGACAAAAUUGGUCAUUUAAUAAUUCGAGGUGUUGAAGAGAAAAUGCCGAAUUUUAUCUGUUUCAAUCAAAAUCAAUCAGUUGAUAACAAGAAAAUGUUAGGUAUUGUGAAAAAAUUUUAUGAUAAUAUUGUUAAAUAUAUAUCAUGCGUUCGAGAAUCAUCGGUAAAUACUUUCGAUGAUAAUAAAUAUCGUUUUAAAUUAGAAACUUUACAAUCAAAAUUAUUAAACACCGAACCAAUUGAUAUUGAUUAUUAUUUUUCAGAAAUUUUGACAAAAAUAGUUUCUGAUCGAGGUUAUUCAACUGAAAUUUUAUUAGAAAAUCUUGCUGAAAAUCCCAUGGUUCACAUAAGUGUAACAAAUAAUUCUGAAUUUUAUUGUGAUAAAUUCAUUAAAAUAUUUCAAAAAUUAAAACAUCCCGAUAUAAAAUGCAGUGAUAAAAAAUGUAUUGAACCAUUAAGUACUUUAAUAUUUAAAUUGGAUGAAGAAAAUUUUAAGAAUUUACAUAUCAAAAUAUUUCAAGAUGAAAAAUUAAUUGAUUUAGUGUUCAAAUCAAUUUAUGAUAAAGAUUUGGAUGAUGUUUCUGGUUUACCUGUAUUCUGCCGACUUUUAUUUUAUAUUCACAUUUGUGAUGAUGAAAUGAAUACAAAACAAAGUUUAAAAAAUAUUAAGGAUCAAGAUGAUAAACAUAAGCAACAAACAAUCAAAUUAAAACAAGAAUUUUUAAGAGUUUAUGAUGAAGAUAAUCAUGAAAAGUUAAAAGAUCUUGUUGAAAUAUUAAAAAUAAUGGUUAAUAUUCAAACAUUUGAUUUUCGUUGUGAAUGUGCAGCAUCAAUUCUUUCGGCAUUAGAAAUUGCACAAAAUAAUAGACGAAAAAUAAAUGUUAAAAUAAAACUGUUGAAAAUAUUCUUUAGUACUAAUUGUAAUGAAGGUGAAAUUUGUUUACGAUUGGCUAAAUCAUUUAAUAUACAUUUAUUAAAAGAUGUUUUUGAAGAUAAACAUACUAUUUUAGCCAAGCCAAGAAUUCAAUGUGAAUACAGAUUUAACUCCGGUUUUAGUGUUCCAUAUUAUUUAUCAGCUAAAUUAAUUCAUAAUGAUACAGAAAAUUAUGAAGAUCUUGAUACAGAUGAAGAAAAGAAAGAAGAAAAGGAAGAUGAUGGUGACAAUGAUGAAGAAACUAUGAAAACUGUUAUGUCAAUCUUAUUCAAAGUAUUUACAUGUUCAUCGGACAAAGACAAACAAGAAUUUUUGAAAAACGCAAAUGAUGUUCGGAAAGAAUUUACCAAGUUAUCUUCAUCGGAGAAUCGACUAAUUAAAUUCUAUAAUGCUAAUCAAGAAAAUAAAAUUUAUCAAGAACUUCGACAAAAAUCGAUUGAAUAUAUUUUAGAUGGUUUUAGUGGAACAAAUGAAGAAAGUUUAAAAGAAAGAAAUGAAUAUGCAAGAAUAAUUAUUGAUAAUUUUAUAAAUUAUCGAUUGGAACAUAUUAAGAAAUUAGUUGAAUCAAGUUCAGAAGAAGAAAUAUUCAAUACAUUUGACACGGUUAUGAAACGAAGAGAUGUCAAUAGUUUAUCUGAAUGGACAGAAAAGACGAGUAAACUUGGUGAUAAAAUGUAUUUCUUAUAUUGUUAUCAUAAAUAUUCGGAAAAUAAAUUUGAUGAAUGGUUUGGAGAAUUAAACCCUAAUGCAUCAAAUAUGAUUUAUGAAAAAGUUAAAGUUAAAAGACUUUCAGUUAAAUACGAUCUUCAUACAAAUACGAAAGCAUUUGAAUUAAUGAAUAUUAAAUAUCUUCAACAUAAUCAAGUUGGUGCAUUGGCAUUAACCUAUGAUUAUCUUGAAGAUCCGGAAAAAAGUAAAGAUAAUUUAUUUAUUAAAAUUGGUACUGGUCAAGGUAAAUCAUUGACAAUAGCUGAAACAGCAAGAAAAAUCAUUGAACUUAAUCGAAGCAACAGUAGACCAAGACAACAAAUAUUUAUUAUUACUUGUUAUGAUCAUUUAGCUAAACGAGAUUAUGAAAAUUAUAUUGUUUAUUAUAAAUAUUUUGAUAUUAUAUCAAUGCAUUGUUCAAGUCAAAGUUCAACAAAAGAUUUUGAUGAUAAAGAUGUAAUUUAUUUAGAUUUAGAAACAUAUUUUACUUUAUUAAGAAGUGAAGCAUAUAAAACACUAACCGAAUCGACAUCAAUUAAUCUACCAAAUAUAAAUAAUGCCGUUUUAAUUAUGGAUGAAUUUGAUAGUUUAAUAUUAGAUUCGGAUGAAAUACUUCAGAAAGUUUAUAGUUUUAACCUGAAUUUUCGUGGCAAUGCGGAUAAUAUUAAAACAAAAGAUGAGAUUAAAAAAUUAUUCGAUAUGAAAUUUGUUGAUAAAUUUGAAAGCAAAUUUCCGAAUACAUUUGAUCGAUGGUGUGACAGAAUAUUAACUUUCUUAUAUUAUGAAUAUUAA